AUGGCAAUAGAUUUGUCAAGGAUCUCUAUACGGCCAUUCAAGCUAAGCGAUGUUGAUGAUGUAUUAUUAUGGGCAGGAGAUGAUAGAGUAACUAAGAAUGCUAGAAUGGAGACUUGUGGUUCAAGGGUAGAGGCUUUGGCUUUCAUUAGAGAUGAAUACAUUCACCCAUUGGGAAGGUCAAUAUGCCUUGAUGACAUGUCCAUUGGGAUUGUUUGGGUGCUUCCUUGGCGUGGUGAUGAUAGGUAUAAAGCAGAUUUGGGGUAUGCUUUAGGGUUCAACUAUUGGGGCCAUGGGAUAGCCACCACAGCACUGAAGAUUGUUUUGUCCCAAGUCUUCCAAGAGUUCCCUCAUCUGAGAAGGUUGCAGGCUUUCACUCUUGUAGAGAACAAGGCUUCCCAGAGGGUAUUGGAAAAGGUAGGGUUCCAUAGGGAAGGACUGCUCAGAAUGUUCUUUAAUUUCAAAGGGAAAUUAGACGAUUUAUUUGUUUUUAGUUUUUUGUCAACUGAUGGAAUUCCUUAUUCAGUGUAG